UAAUCAAAGAUUAGUUGAAAGUUGUGCUAACACUUCUUACUAAUGUAUAGUUCACUAUAGUCUCCAGCAAAAGCAGCGUGAGUUGAGAAACGCGCUCAGAUUUGCUGCACGGGCCAGAACGAGGGAACACCGUGUGACACUUCUGGACGAAUCUACAAGGCAUUUACUAACACUAUUAUUACUACUGAUGUAGCUUCGAGAGAUCUACCUAUUGUCCGUCAGUCCAAAAAAACCCAGCAAAACCUGGCUAUCAGUCACAAGCUCUCGCCUUCACGGUUAUGGUCUGGACUACACCUGGGACAAAUCUCAGAUGGCAUCUGGGCAGAUGUAAAAGUGUCCAUCUUGCCUUGUGUCAGCAGUUCAUUGUGCCGCUGCUAUGCCGUCUUGACCCUUAAUACCAUCAGAGCACGAAUGAAAUGCCACAUUCAAGUCUGGCUACAUACAGUAUAUACUGAAGUAUGAGUGAUGAUGGGGGAAGAUCAUCGUGCCAGUUUGUGUUACCGAACAGAUUGACAGAUUAGAGCUCAGGUUAAUCCAGUGUGUGAUCUCAGAUCAUUCAGAAGAGUUGAUGUCAGGAGUAAAGGCAGUAGUUCAAAUAUCAAAGUAAGGAAAUCCAUCGAUUCAGAUUUCUAAGGUAAGGAUGUUUUGUGUAUAUAUGAGAUGACACACUGUUUUUUUUUGUACAUUGACUUUAUUCCUUUUCUAUCUAGCAUGUCUCUGCUGUCGUAUCUGCGCUCUCCACGUUUGUCCUUCAUUCAGACGUUGUUGUCUCUUCUUUUGGCGCUGGUUUCGUUGUCGUCGUCACACUGGUGUGUGGGGCGUCAGAAGGUCCCCAAGCCCUUGUGCUCCCCGACGCGACGGCUCAGGUGCACUCCGGUGCCCGGCAUGUCGGACGGCUCGGCCCAGUUCUUCUGGGAGACUGGGGACGAUCGCUUUAUCUUCCCAACAUUUCACGCAGGCCUGUGGACGACCUGUGAGGAGAACAUAUACACCGAUGCUUGGGAAGAGAAAUGUCGCAGUUUUAUGGACCUGAUACCUGAAGAUGAAAAAGGAAUCCUGUGGCUCUGUGUUGGGAUGGAGUUGUUUUAUAUCGGUCUCUUGUGCGUCAGUUCUGUUCUGUUGUUACUUCAGUUGGGUUUGUCCGCCUGGUUUCCACUCCAGCAGCGUUGGGGUCACUUAUUGAACGCAUUCGCUGCAGUCUGUACGGUACUCGGAGGGUUGGUGGGGAUGGUGGCUCAUAUGAUGUACAUGCAAGUUUUCCUGGUGACUAUAUCUCACGGUCCUGAAGACUUCAAACCUCACAGCUAUGGAUACUCGUGGGCCUUUUACGUUGCUUGGAUGGCGUUCACGUGCUGCAUGUCUUCUGGGGUUUCCACACUCAACAACUACACCAAGAAGUUUCUGAUGGUUGGACCAAAACAUAAAAGUGUUUUUUACCCCUGCAAAAACUUCACUUACCCUCCUCAAUCUCCUCUUCUCUCUCCUCUCUCUCCAUAUAUCUCUGCUCCUCUGCCACCUCCUCCAACUUGUCCCGCCCCUCUCUCGCCCUCUCUGUCUCUCCUCCAGCCGGCGUCCUGUCCCCCUACACCCCUCCUUCUGUCUCCUCUGAGUUUCACAUCAUCUUAUUGCUCACAUGAGGAGUUCAGUUCGCUCUGAUCCAUACACCGCUACUGUAGAGUUUCUGGGGCCGUCUGGCUAAUCUGUAGUCCGGCCCCAAUACAACAAUGUGUUUAAAGAUGCUAAUAUAAAAAAGACAAAAAAUCAUAGUCCGCUUUCCCACCGUCAGGCCCAACAUCUCUUAGAACCAUAAGGAACGCUUGCAGUCAUUUCUCCGAUCGAGGAUGUUUCGACACAACACCAUCACAAACCGUUCCCGGGUUGGAAUUCUCAGUAUGAUUAUCUAACAGUGCCGAUCGAAUAUUCCCGUAUGCCGUUGCUGCAGUUUCUUUCUGUAGCUGGUAAAGUGUUUUAUUUAAGCAAAGUAAACACAAAUUAGGUCAAAUGUAGUCCUAAAAAAUAAAAGAUCAUCCUACAUAACACGCUUUUUAUUAACAACGCAUACCGGAUGUAAACACUGAUGCUAUUAUCAGACCCACUGUGAAAAAUUCAACCAUAAUCACAGCGUUCGGUCGGAUCGGCACAGAAUUGAACGGUUACACAACCGCAACGGUUUGCCACGGCAGCGGUCUGUAAAUUAAAAGAACUACACAAUAUGCUUUACAUUAUCAGCUUGUGUAUCUUUAUACACACAUAAGCUGAUACCAUUUUAAACAACAUCAUUAAAGCUUUCUAAAGAUUACUUUCUGUCACGUCGUACUCCCCCCGUCCCCCUACUCGAGUUACUGACGCUGUGUUUGUUUGUUUCUAAGUUAAGGAAUUGCUUAAACAAACAGCGACAGGAUCAUUGAAUCUGUGAGUUUAACUCAAAAACCAAACCAGAUCUAUUCAUAGAUUAAUCAUUGAAUACCGAUUUUGUCAAUGUGAUUCAACAACUGACUCGGGAAAACUCAUCUGAAAAUACAUUCGUAUCAUUUAGAGAAUUUCUAUUUGACAUCAUUAAAAAUGGCUUCAUAAAGAUGAACCUCCAAAUCUUGACACAAUACAGGGAACACAAAGUUGUCUUUCUUGUGUUGCUCUCUCCUCUUUUUCUUGAAUGGUUUGGUUUCUUGACUGAUGUGUGCACAUAAUGAUCAGACUGUAAUGUUUCUAAGAAUGAGCGUGUACAGACUGAGAGGAGAUUUUUUUAAACUUUAGAUUGUUGUGAUUUGUUGUGACUAAAGUCAUCCAGUAAAGUUGUGCUGGACCGCCUCUUGUGUGAUCGCUAUAGAUGAGGAUCAUUUUAAAAACGCUGUGUUAAACUUUAGUGUAAAUGUGUAAGCCUCUUAAUUCUGCACCUCUUCUCUACUCCUACAAAACAUCAUUGAGUUUAAACUGUCACACAUAUAAUUAAAAUAAACUGCAUCAAAUAAAAACUUUUAAUAAUAUUAUAUAUUAAACACAUUACAGAUUUCCUUUGCGUGGUUGUUUUCAGUUCAAGACUCUUCAUGUAUAUGAGGACUGCUUUUCUUUCACGUUUUGAUUUGCGUGUGAAAUGUGUAGAUAAUAAUCACUUUACUUUCACCUGGAUUGUUUCAUUUGCCAGGAUUUUAUUUAAACCAAAACUGUUAAACUGAUA